GGGGUCAGAGGUGAGCCCCGCGCAUGCGCCGUGCUGGCGGAAGUCGGCCAUCUUGGCGGCGGCGGGUUUGAUGUUGAUGCGGUGACACGCGGCAUGUUUGGUGCUAACAGGAAGAAGUUCAUGGAGGGGCUGGACAGCGACUACCCGGACGACUCCAGCCUCUACUACAGCCAGCAGUCCAUAUUCCCCCCCCACCGGCCCGACAAAGACAUGUUGGCGUCGUCCUCCUCCUCCACCAGUCAGCUGUCCCAGCUGGGAGCCAGUUUAUACGGACCCCAGAGUUCCCUGGGUUUCCCCAUGCGGGGCUUGAACAGUUCCACGGCGCCACAGCUGAGUCGGACCGGGCUGAAUCCGUCGGCCGGGCCUCUCUCCAGUCACAGCAGCACUCCCAACUCCGGCAGCAUGCACACGUCGUCCUCGCCCAGCAGGAGCAUCAUGUCCAUGAGCAGCCGCUCCGUGCUGAACCACAACCAGCAGGUGGGGGGGGCCCACGGGCCAGACGGGCCUGGGGGGGGGACCGGGGGGGGCCGGGGCGGCAUGGGCAGCCCCAGCAGGGCGUCGCCCUCCAUCAUCGGCAUGCCCAAGCAGCAGCAGCCGCGGCAGCCCUUCACCAUCAACAGCAUGUCAGGGUUCGGGGUGAACAGGAAUCCAGGUUUCAACAUGAACAACUCUUUAUCCAGCAACAUCUUCAACGGCACAGACGGCAGCGAGAACGUGACGGGGUUGGACCUGUCCGACUUCCCGGCGCUGGCUGACCGGAGUCGGAGAGACGGAGGAUCCAACCCCACGCCGCUGCUCAACCCGCUGGCCGGCCGAGCACCUUACGUUGGCAUGGUAACCAAACCGUCCAGUGAGCAGUCGCAGGACUUCUCCAUCCACAACGAGGACUUCCCAGCUCUUCCUGGUCCCAACUACCAGAGCAAAGACCCCAGCAGCAGCAGCAGCACCACCGACGACAGUAAAACGAACCUGAACUCCUCAGGAAAAUCCACCUCCAGCUCAGACGGACCCAAGUUUCCCGGGGACAAGAGCUCGGCGCCCAGCAACAACAACCAGCAGAAAAAAGGGAUUCAGGUGCUUCCUGACGGGCGUGUGACCAACAUCCCCAUCGGCAUGGUAACGGACCAGUUCGGGAUGAUCGGCUUGUUGACGUUCAUCCGGGCGGCAGAGACGGACCCGGGGAUGGUUCACCUGGCGCUGGGGUCGGACCUGACGACGCUGGGGCUGAACCUCAACUCACCUGAGAACCUCUACCCCAAGUUUUCGUCUCCCUGGGCGUCGGCGCCGUGUCGGCCGCAGGACAUCGACUUCCACGUCCCCUCAGAGUAUUUAACCAACAUCCACAUCAGGGACAAGCUGGCAGCCAUCAAGCUGUCCCGGUACGGGGAGGACCUGCUGUUCUACCUCUACUACAUGAACGGAGGAGACCUGCUGCAGCUGCUGGCCGCCGUAGAACUGUUCAACCGGGACUGGCGGUACCACAAAGAGGAGCGGGUCUGGAUCACGCGGGCCCCGGGGAUGGAGCCGUCGCUGAAGACCAACGCCUACGAGAGGGGGACGUACUACUUCUUUGACUGUCUCAACUGGAGGAAGGUGGCCAAGGAGUUCCAUCUGGAGUACGACAAGCUAGAAGAGCGACCUCACGUUCCCUCCACCUUCAACUACAACCCCGCCCAGCAGGCCUUCUGAUUGGUCCUCCCGCCUGCCUGUCGCCGCUGGCCCCGCCCCCUCCGGAGGCCCCGCCCCCCUGAAUCUGGCCGUGAGGACUCAGCAGGACGAGGACACGCCCCCCCCCCCCCGACCCGGUCCUCGUCUCUGAGAGACUUUCUCAUUUUAACUUUGAUUUGUCCCCAUCAUCUCUUUUUUACCCCCCAUUACCUCCAUCCCCCCUCGUUAGCGCCGCCGCGGCUACCGAAUAAAUGUCCAUCCGGCUCCGGCUCUCCGGUUCUACCACACUAUUUUUGUUUAGAGAAGCUUUUAAAAGAACCAGAUUUUACCAGAACCAGGACUGGGACCCGCGGCAGGAUGGACGGUUAUUCCUUUAAACGUUUCUCUGAGCGUAACGGCGCUGGAGCGGCGUUAGCGGCAACGGAGCGGCGGCGUUAGCGGCGUGGCGGCGUCGCAGGUCACAAGCAAAUGUACAUUGUAGCACUAUUUCAUAAUAAAAGCAGAUAAAAGAA